AUUCUACCAUAUAUGAGAAUAAAAUCCUUGGGACGCUGUUGAACCACUGCUAUCUAUGAAAUCAUGGAGACUAUACUUGUCAGGCACAGUUACCAGCUUUCUAUCACAAGAGAUUACAUUACAUUUCCUGUCAUUUAUGGAAAUAAAUUCAAACAUUUUGGUUGCUCCCUGCUGGCACUCAAACUUUCAAUACACUGCUGGAUGUCAGGAGGAGGAUUCUGGGAGGAUUACUGCCACACUCUGGACUUCUAAUUCCUGCUUGGUGUUCAAAAGGAUUUUACUUCUUUUGAAUUUCAUUGACUUUACCCAACUACCUAAAACACACAUCUCAGCCUUGCUAAGAGCUAUCAAGACACAUUUUGGGGUCAACGGUGAGAAAACACUUGGAAAAGUUGGAAAGCAGGUUUUUCUGCUAAAAUGAUCUUCUUGGUUACUGUUUUGAGCCGUGUUCCAGAGAGCUAAGGCUUCUCUGAGCCAGACUUCUGAUCAAUGAAGUAUCAGUGUCCUCGUGAGAGCACUCCCAGCAGGCCUACUGAUAGAUGACAUUAUAGCUGAGAGAUAGUGUGUUAAACAGUGCCCUAGCCAAAACAAAAACAACAAACAAAAACUUUCCAAAGUGCCAACUGAUAGAUGACAUUUAUAGCUGAGACAUCGUGUGUUAAACAGAAACAACAAACAAACAAACAAAAACUUUCCAAAGUGCCAACUGAUAGAUGACAUUUAUAGCUGAGACAUCGUGUGUUAAACAGAAACAACAAACAAACAAACAAAAACUUUCCAAAGUGCCAGAGAGACUUUACAGUUUGAAAGUUUUCCUCCAUCUAUCUCUCUAGUAAAGAUGGAUGUAAGGCUAAACGAUCAGGAAUUUUGGUACAGUCUCCAUGGUCAAGUCCCCGGAAUGCUGGAAUGGGACAUGGGGAAUGAAUUUUUCCUGCCUUGUACCACAGAUCAGUGCUCUUUCGCUGAGCAGUGUCUUGUCAAAUACAAAGUUCAACUGCUAAAACCACCAGCGCUGCCUCAGGAGAGGAAACCCAAUCCUGAUGAUGAUGAUCCUCCCACAGAACCCAGCUUGUGGAUGUGGGUGAAUCCCAACGUUGUGUACCCCGCCAACAGCAAAGAGGUUCCAAAUCCCAGUUAUAAAGUUCUGCCAAGUGCACCAAUCCCAAAGACUGACGAGUCUAGCUGUUUAGGGACUCAGAGGGUGUUAAAGUCCCUGUCUGUUCUCCGCACUGAGCGUUGUCAGCAACAAAGGCUGCCCGUUUUAUCCACUGGCCCUGAUCUCAAAGACGAGGAGACUGAGGAACAGGGAUGCACGUCCUCUAACAAAUACACCAAGAAGCACACACUGUACCUUGAUCCACUCCAGGACAAGGAGUCCUGGCCACGCCCUCCUCUCAACUACAGCCAUCUAGUUGCCCUAGCAUUAAAAAGCAGCCCUUCCUGUGGCCUCAAUGUGCAACAGAUCUACAAUUUUACUCGACAGCAUUUCCCCUAUUUCCGGACUGCACCAGAAGGCUGGAAAAACACCAUUCGCCACAAUCUCUGUUCCCUGACCUGCUUUGAAAAGGUGCCAGCCCCGGUUGAGGAGGAGACAGAUGGAAAACCUCGUGCUUUCCUCUGGAAACUCACUGACGAGGGACACCGCUUCUUUCAGGAGGACACCCGUGUCUUGGCCUAUGCUCGAAAGGAGAGCAUUAAGCAGUGCAUGCGCCAACCAGAACUGAUAGACCUUCUCUUUCAACUUUAAUGUUUUCUUCUUUUCGUGUGUGUGUGUGUG